CGGCGGGAGCUGCCGCCGUGGGCACCGCAGCAGCAGGCGGCGGCGCGGAGAGGCGGUUGCGUGCUUUGCGCCGCUGCGGAGCGGGGCACCUGCGUGAGCGACGGGGCGGGCUCGGCUGCCGCUGUGCCCCGAGCGCGGGGCCGCUGCUGCCCGCCUUCCUUCUAUCGGUGCAGCCGAGGCAUUCCUCCGUAGUUGUUUGUAUCCAGGAGAGAGUAUACAAUGGGCAGAAAACUGGAUCUUUCUGGCUUGACUGAUGAAGAAGCAGAGCAUGUGCUUCAGGUGGUUCAGCGAGAUUUCAGCCUUCGUAAGAAAGAAGAAGAAAGGCUGAGUGAAAUGAAGCAGAAGUUGGAUGAAGAGGGUAACAAGUGCAGCAUCCUUUCCAAGCAGCAGAAGUUCAACGAGCACUGCUGUAUUCGCUGCUGUUCACCUUUCACGUUUCUUAUUAACAGCAAGAGACAGUGCCAAGACUGCAAAUACAACAUCUGCAAGAGCUGCAGCUCUUACCAGAAGAAGGAGAAGGCUUGGAUUUGCAGUGUCUGCCAGCAAGCAAGGCUCUUAAGGACCCAGUCUCUGGAUUGGUACUACAAUAAUGUGAAGAGCCGCUUCAAGUGUUUUGGAAGUGCCAAAGUCCUGAAGAAUUUAUACAAGAAGCAUAGACUGGAGAGUGGAGUUUGUCCCGAUGUAAUAGAAGGAGGUUGUUUUGAAGGAAGCUUUGAAAAUGAUGGAAGCAUUUGUGGCAGUGAUUCUACAUUCUACAGGCAGACAGAAGGACACAGCAUGAUGGAUACCCUUGCUGUGGCCUUACGUGUUGCUGAGGAAGCAGUGGAAGAAGCUAUUUCUAAGGCAGAGACCUACAGCGACAGCCUGGACAAGCAGAACGAGGCUUGUUACUUGCAAGAACACAAGGAGGAUCUCAUAGAAGAGCUGGCCACAACCAUUGUGCAGAAGAUUAUAAAGAAGCAGAAAGGCAAAGCUGAGCAGGCUGAGGCUGACUUUGAAUGGCCGCCAUCCAGGAGCAGUGGUCUGGCAUCCGUUGCUGUUUCGGAUCAGAGCAUGCUGACCUUUCCUGGGAGUCGCAGGGGGUCAUACACGUUAUGGAGGUCUCAAUCAGCAUUCUCCCUGGCUAGUGAAGAUGCACCCAGCAAAGGACUCGACCCUGCGUCAUCUGUGACUGAGGCUCUUUGGAGGCAGCAGAAAGGACAGUUCAAGAAACAGAAGGAACGCAAGCUCUCUGCAUUACCCAGCUGGAAGAGUGUGGACAGACUAAAUGAAACAAAUCCACCUCCUGUUUUACAAAGCACUGAUGGAAACUGGGUAGCUUUGCAGAAUGUCUCUUUGCCUCGCCCUCGAAUGCUCGCCAAACCAAAGAGUCAAGUAUUUGAAGCUUUGGAGAAUGAAUCCAGCGUUGUGUCUGCUUAUGACGAGAUGGGCUCAGACAGCGAGGACGAUUACGAUUGGAAUGUGGCCUUGAACAAGCUGCGGCGGAGACCUCGGCAAUUACCAGAUGAUUUCUAUUGUACCAAUUCCCGGUAUGAUUCUGAAUGGGUUUAUGGCAAUGAUCAGUACCAGGCAGUCACCUCACCUUCCUCUGGGUUAUACACCAAUACUGAGACACUGUUCUCUGAUUCUGAAACGUCGUCAGUAAACUCUUCCCAGGAAGCUAAAGGACCUAGCAAACUUCUCUGGUUACAAAGCAGAACUCAGAGUGAUGUGCCCAGAAUGGAAAAAAAGCAUUUCCAUGGAGAACUGGAUGUAAAUUUCAACCCACAGGCAACCAGCUUGGAGUAUUCAGAUAGCAGUGAGACUGAAGAAGUUCAGUAUGAUCUAGAAAAGAGAUCAAGAAGGUGGAGAAAGAACAAAACAAUCUCUGAAGAAUUAUGCGAAGGAAAAAAUCACACAAGAGCCAACGUGAAGAAUUUAAGUCAGGAUUUGGAUGAUUUAUCAGAAACAGAUAGAAGCAGCGAGGAUCAACAUCAUAAUAUCAAGCCUGAACUUAUGGAAGAGGAGCUUAAAUCCAGGUUAUUUCAGCUCGCUGCUAAAAUGAGUGACAAAGAAACAUCUUCUGGUGAAGAACAAGAGUCUGAACCUAGAACAGACCCUGAAAACCAGAAGGAAAGUUUGUCCUCAGAAGAAAAUGGCAGAAGUAUUCAGGAGGAGUUAAAGAAGGAAAAACAAAAGGCUUUUGAUCUUCACUUAAAGCUGCAGUUUUUAUCCACUGUAUUGCAGCAGAAGUAUUCUGCUGUUUCUCUCUGCAACAUAUCUACAGAGGUCCUGAAAGUCAUCAACGCCACGGAAGAGCUGAUAGCAGAAUCCACCAGUCCCUGUGAUUUCCCAGAUGAUGUUCAGGACAAGGGAAGAGGGACAUUUCCACUGGGGACCGACCCCAUCCGACUCGACGAGCAGCUCACCACACUGGAAGAAAAUGUGUACCUGACGGCAGGCACAGUGUAUGGCCUGGAGGGGCAGCUGACCAGCCUGGAGGAUGCAGCAAGGCAAAUCAGCAGCGUGACAGCAGAAUCCGAGCUGGCUGAGCUGGAGGACCAAGUGGCCACUGCAGCUGCCCAGGUGCAUCAUGCAGAGCUGCAGAUUUCAGAUAUUGAGAGCAGAAUAUCAGCUCUCACUGUUGCAGGCUUGAACGUGGCUCCAUGUGUUCGCCUGACAAGGAAACGGGAUCAAAAGCAAACAAACCAGAUGCAUACUAUUGACACCUCAAGACAGCAAAGGAGGAAACUUCCAGCUCCACCAAUAAAAGGUGAGAAAAUAGAUGGGUCUCCAAUUACCACUGUCAGAACAUUUAACAGAAACUUCAUGCUUCAAGGAUCUCUAACACAAAGAACUAAGGAGAGGAAAAGCACUGCCAAGGACUUAAUGGAACCUGCUAUAGGAUCUGCUGUGAUGUACUAAACUUUGACUUCUCUACUGCCAAUAACACACUGCCUAAGGCUGUACACUAGAGUGCCUUUAAUCAACAGCCAUUGUGUAUGUCCAGCUGGAAAUGGACCCUCAAGAACCCACAAUGCCUCAGUAAUAGGGCUUCGUUUGGAUACCUCACUGAGAAAGCUGUCCAAGUCUUCAGCAUUGUGGUCUGCUAAAGGAAACUCUGCCUUAAAGUUCUCACAAGACUCUAGAAGGGAAGCUGAGUUUCAAAAGCAAGGCUCCACAUUUUAAGAUGCACUUUUUCUCCCCAUUGAUUGUACUAAAGUAUGUCGUCUUUAAACUGCAGUAUGUUUUUGUACACUCAGUCAAUCACAAUUAUAGGCCAAUAUUUCAUACCGAAAGAGUGAACAAAGCAGACCUGUGAUCCACAUUUGCUGGCCUCUCAUUCAUGUAGGCAUCUGUCUUGUCGAGCAAUAAGAACAACUCUGUGCAGUGUACGCUGCUUUUAGCUGCUUGGUGAGAGUGGAGGAUCCAUGUACCUAACUGCUCCCCAGGAGCCAGUGGAAGUUUUGACAAGGCAGGUGGGAGGAGAUGCGAUGUGCAAAGACUUCUCUGUUCACUCAGAGUAGCUGUGACAGAGUUUAUGUUCCAGCUCCAGAGCUGUGUGUUCUGCUGUUGGAGAUGGGGGGAGGGGGUGGAGCAUGGAUGUCAUGGUGCGCCAUGAAUCAGUGGUACGCAGCGCAUGUGGACCAGGUGUCUGUUGGGUUACAGUCCCGGCAUCUGGACACAUCUGGGUACUGUUGUGAAACCACCACCUUUGUCUGUCUCGUUCUUCUUGGUAUCAUUGUCUGCUUGGUGGUAUCCAACCACUCCGUAGUUCAGAAUCAAUUCUGACCAAGUCUUUAAGAUUGGAGAAGGAAAGUAAAAGCGCUGUGGAUGAGAUCUCUGCUGACUGGUUGGUGGCUGUGAGUUGGCUGCAACCUGUAAGAGAUUUCCUUCAUCCACUUCCUGUCUUUUCUGAGGAGGGGACAAAUGUAGCCCAGAUGUGUUUUCCUUUACCCAUCCAUAGCCAAUGUGGCAUAGUACCUAGAGCCUGUCACUGGUGCCCACUGUGACUGGACCACUAUGAAUUGGAUUGUGAGUCCCGAGACCCUAGAAAUGUGCUCCAAAAGGCCUUUGAACAGAUGCCCAGGAGGGAAGAUGCUGCUUGCAAGGUGUCCCUCUUAUCCAUUCUGGGUAGGGCCAUGCCAAUUUGCAGUGCUGGUAAGGAAGGGCUGGAUGGGAUGGCUGGGAAAACAGCUCCAGUCACACAUCCACCACCAGUAUUUGAAGCUGAGCCUGUCAGUGUGCUGCUGUCCAGCCUUAGGUAGGGACACAUCAGGAUAUCUACAGCCAUCUUUCCCACCUAGGAGGCGUAAGUGUUGCUCCAUGGCUCCAGUGAAUUCCCACCUGCCGAAGAUUUGGCUCAAUACAUUUAGGUGAAAUUACGAUAGGUGAAAUUACGCCUUCUCUUACUCCCACACAAUACUGGUUCUCUGGAACUGGUUUGCACAGACAUGAGGGCAAAGUUUGGCCCGCUCUGUUUAAUAUAUAAGUAUAUAUAUAAAAAUAGAUUUUAUUUAUAUAUGCAAUCCAGUAAAGGAGAUUAAACAGAGUAGGAUGCCUAGGAAUUUUCUGUUACGCAGCCUCCUCCUCCCUCGACUGUUCUCGUGUACGUAUACGAUACAUUCCCAGGUUCUGGUUAACGCAGGUGUGUGUGUUAUGAAACGUCAUUACUGGUGGUUGGUCUACAUAUUCGUCUAAUAAUAAUAACUAAUAUUGUGUAUGAUGCAGAAAUGACUAAUUUUAAUAGAAUAACUCUUUGGCUUUUUGUUCUGUUAGUGUGAUUUAAACAAGCCAACAAAGUUUGGGAUAGGUCGUUUUCCUUAAGAGGCAUGAAAAGCAACUAUUAUCGUGUUACAAUGUUCAAAUAUUCAGUCUUCUUUGACAGAAAAAAAUGUGUACUGUGUAGGCAUUGCAAAAAAAAAAAAAAAGAAAAAAGAAAAAAAAAAGAAAAAAAUCCCACCUGCUAUAUGGCAUUUGAAUUUUUACAGACGUUUAUUGUGCCAAAUACGUGUGAAGAUAUAAUUUACUGUUUGAAACAAAUCAUACAAGCAUCCGUUCUAGCACACAAAGGGUCAUUUUGCCAUCGAGUGAUUUCAAUCUCUAGUGUCGAUAUUUCUAUUUAGAUUAAUUUUUAUAAAUGAAAAUAUUUUAACGGGUAAAAUGAAGGCGAUAUGAUCAAUUUGAUUAAGUUUGAGUGGAUAUUAAGCUUGCCUUGUUGUUGUUAUAUGCAUACUCACCGGGAAUUUGUUGUCAAGAGAAAUUAUAAAAGAGUAAAAGCAAUUUAUGAAAAGAAAAAGAAACAAAAAACAAUGCCUUUCCAAGGACUUGAUUCAUAAAGAAAACCCAAAAGCUC